AUGAGGCGUUUCGCUCAUCACGGUGGUCGUCGGACAUGUCCCGCCUGCGGUGGUUGCCGCAAAGCGGGCACAUUGACGGGCCCAGCGUUGAAUUGCUGGCGUCGGGCGUCACGUGCGCCGCUGCUCACGGUGCAUUCUUCAUAUGCGUUGAUGACACUGCACAACGGUGCCCACGCAGCGCAGCAGGCUGGCACCGCUGAGCAGACCAGCGAAACACCCGCAAAGGCGGUGCCACUCUCCUCCUCCACCUCUUCUUCCUCCGUCCGUAAUCCGUAUUCGCUUGCCGCCGGUGACGCUAGCCACGCCACGCAUACGGAUGCUUCCGCUUCGGCACCGGCAUCCUUCGCAGGUGAGGCGCGAGAGCUGCAGUUCCAUGAAAUUUUUCUGUUUGAUGAGACCGACGUGCACUUUUUGCUGCUGACAGAGGCACACAAGAAGCACGGUGUGCUGCUCAAUGUGCCGCCGCAGAUGAGCCCAAGUGGGGAGUCGCCUGCAGUGCCGGAGGUGGUGCUGCCGGCCGCGCAGCUGGAGCGGAUGCGUGGGAUGAAGCUGGCGUACGAGCCCACGCACCUGCCCCCACCGCUUCACACCACCGGCACCAGACAACUUGUUAUUUGCGACGCCUUCCCCACUGUGGCGACAGUCGUUGCAAUGAAGCCCACAGCUACGUCAGCACAUGCAGCGACGACACGCGGCACUGCAGGAAAGGGCGGGACAAGCACCGCCACACUAGUGCGGCGUUUACCGCCGGAUCCAACGAUGCGGUUUCACUGCACCGCCUGCGGGAAGGCGUUUCGUCUGGAGUUCUCUGCGGAGCAUCAUGUCAGGUCAAAGCAUCCAGCGGAGUCAAGGGCGGUGGUAGCGGCAGGGCCGGGUGAGGGUGAAGUCAUAGAGGAGGCCGCAGCAACAAUCGUGACCUCCGCCGCCGCCGUUAGCCCCGUAGCGGAGACAAAGUCUACAGUGAUGGGUGCGGUGGAAAAGGGGGGAACGACGGCUAGCGACAUUGCAGCCGCGGGGAGUGUGGGAACGGCGUCUGGUGUGAGCAUCAGCGCGGUGAAGACUCCGUACAGCAGGGCGGUGUUAACUCUGCCGAGUGAGGAGCUUGUGGACGAGCUCCUGAAGGAGGUCUGGGACGCCGUCGCCCAACACCGCGACGAUCUCCCCAAGCAAAAUGACCCCAACGCAUAUGUGCCUUUCCACACCGUCGUGGAAGGCACGGCAGACCGCCGGAAGGAAAUGGAGGCCAAUGCAAAGCCCACGGCACGCGCCACUCCGGAGGGCGCCGCUCCAGGCAUCAAAAAACAGGGCAUGCUGUCCGGCGGCUCCAUGACCGCCCUACGGAGCGCCGCGGCGGGGCUCAACCUGCCGAUAAAGGAACUUGUGAAAAAGUACCCGAAUCCCUUUGGCGACUCCCCCAAUGCGGUUCUGCAGGAACUUGAAAAGGAACCCAUCAAUCCGUUCAUCCCGCAGGAGGAACUUGCAGCACAGUUGCAGGUGGCGCGAGAGACGCAGCCACUGACGGCCACAGCCACCGCUGAGACCAAUUCUGAUGCCGCCGCAGCUGUUGGCGAUGGGGAGGAGGAAUUAAAGAAACGACUGCGUGUGUCACGCCCGAGUUUAGCACGAUCGGCAUCAAUGCGCCGCUUCGUCUGCCCUCUUUGUGCGGAAGUGCAACGAAAGAAGGCGGGGGCGUGCGGUGAGAUGGCGGUUCCGUCGUUUCGAUUGCUGGACGCCCUCCUUGACCACGUGGAGUCCGCGCACGAGGGGGAGGAGCUUACGGAGGCGCAGCUGCACGUGUUGUACGCAAUCCAGCGGAGGUCGGCGCUGCAUGCCCCUCCGCCGAGCCUCGAUGGUGAAGCCGGCGGCGCUGGCGGGACCGCCGGCAAUUUCGGCGCUGAUGUCCUCAGGGGCGAUGACGCCAGUGGCAGUGGCAGUGAGGAAACCAUCCACGACUUGAAGAUAGCAUCGCUGCCGGAGACGUUGCAGAAGGCCGCCCCACCCGCAGCCGUCGAGCACCAAGCACUUCAGGUGCACCUGCGUGCUGGCAGUAACACGGUGCUGCUGGGUCGUAUAGCGGAUGUGCAACACGGAUUUCUUGGCACGAUGGCGGUGACACAGUACGUGUUGGAGGUUGAAGAAGAAGGACCCGCUGCUGACGCGGGGGCGGAAGGCACGGCAUCGUUGCCAGCGACUGAGUCGGAGCUGAUUGUUGUCCGCUGCAUGGGGGAUAACUUCCCUGCCGCACUGCUCAAGGAGCAGGUGCGUUUGGGCAGCACUGUGCUUGUGCAGGGGACACUUCGCAUGAACCGGCACCUCGACAACGCCUCCAAGCGAAUUCACGCGUAUCCGUUUGUGCAGGUGGUGCCGCCGCUUGGCUGUGUGAAGGUGGUUGCAUGA